GCGGCGUUGCGGGCCAGCAAAGGGACAUCCUAACGCAGCGACCCUCCCGCGGCCGCCCAGCCUACCGCCUAGACCGCCAGAGCUGCCCUCGGGUCGCAGGAAGCUGGACGGAUGGUAGGAAAAGAGAAGAUGUCACUAAGAAACCGGCUGUUUAGAUCUGGAGAGAAUCCUGAGCAAGAUGAAGCCCAGAAAAAUCUCUUGGACACACACAAAAAUGGUCACAUGACCAUGAAACAGUUGAUAGCCAAGAAGAGGCAGUUGGCAGCAGAAGCAGAGGAGCUGAAGCCACUGUUUCUGAAAGAAGUUGGGUGUCACUUUGAUGACUUUGUGACCAACCUCAUUGAAAAGUCAGCAUCUCUGGACAAUGGCGGGUGUGCGCUCACAACCUUCUCCAUCCUUGAAGAAAUGAAAAACAACCACAGAGCCAAAGAUCUGAGAGCACCUCCAGAACAAGGGAAGAUUUUUAUUUCAAGGCGGUCUCUGUUAGACGAGCUGUUUGAAGUGGACCACAUCAGAACAAUCUACCACAUGUUCAUCGCACUCCUCAUCAUCUUCAUCCUCAGCACGCUCGUCGUGGAUUACAUCGAUGAAGGGAGGCUGGUACUUGAGUUCAAUCUCCUGGCCUAUGCUUUUGGCAAACUUUCUAUUGUUAUUUGGACAUGGUGGGCCAUGUUCCUAUCUGCACUGUCAAUCCCCUAUUUCCUGUUCCAGCAAUGGGCCUACGGUUAUAGCAAGAGUUCUCACCCGCUGAUCUAUUCCCUUGUCCAUGGCUCGCUCUUCUUAGUCUUUCAACUUGGAAUCCUAGGUUUUGUACCAACGUAUGUUGUCUUAGCGUACACACUGCCACCGGCCUCCCGGUUCAUUCUGAUACUGGAACAGAUUCGUUUGGUAAUGAAGGCUCACUCGUUUGUCAGAGAGAAUGUGCCACGAGUACUAAAUGCAGCCAAGGAGAAGUCAAGCACAGUUCCGGUACCCACAGUCAACCAGUACCUGUACUUCCUGUUUGCUCCGACACUUAUUUACCGAGACAACUACCCAAGGACUCCUACAGUAAGAUGGGGUUAUGUUGCUAUGCAGUUCUUACAGGUUUUUGGUUGCCUGUUUUAUGUGUACUACAUCUUUGAGAGACUCUGUGCCCCACUGUUCCGGAAUAUUAAACAGGAGCCCUUCAGUGCUCGUGUCCUGGUCCUGUGUGUAUUUAACUCCAUCUUGCCAGGUGUGCUGAUGCUGUUCCUUUCGUUCUUUGCCUUUUUGCACUGCUGGCUCAACGCCUUUGCUGAAAUGUUACGCUUUGGUGACAGGAUGUUUUAUAAGGACUGGUGGAACUCUACGUCAUACUCCAACUACUACAGGACCUGGAAUGUGGUGGUCCACGACUGGCUCUACUACUAUGUUUACAAGGACCUCCUCUGGUUUUUCUCAAAGAGGUUCAAAUCUGCCGCCAUGUUGGCCGUCUUUGCCCUGUCAGCCGUGGUGCAUGAGUAUGCCCUUGCUGUCUGCUUGAGCUACUUCUACCCAGUCCUCUUUGUGCUCUUCAUGUUCUUUGGAAUGGCUUUUAACUUCAUUGUUAACGACAGUCGGAAAAGGCCAAUCUGGAACAUUAUGGUUUGGACUUCUCUGUUCCUGGGCCAUGGAGUCAUUCUGUGCUUUUAUUCUCAAGAGUGGUACGCCCGUCAGCACUGUCCUCUGAAGAAUUCUACAUUUCUGGAUUAUGUCCGGCCACGGUCCUGGACUUGUCGGUACGUGUUUUAGAAGCCCUGGCUCUGCUUCCUUUCUUGACACUGAAGAUUGGAUAUUCUUCCUGAUUCCGAGCCAGCUGUCUUCAGCAGUUACUGAAUACCUAUGCCACGGAGUUUAGAGCUCUCAGGCCUUGCCGAUGGACACCUGGAGUUGGACUGUGGGAAGUUCACUUAGUGAUUUUUUUUUUUUUUUUUUUUUUUAAAUUUUGUUCCCUUUGGGGGAGAAAGGAGACCAAGUGCAGAUUUUUGUAGGUUAUCUCAGGUCAAGCCUUGGUAGUUUUAUCUGUUUAUUUCCUUUAUUCCAUCCAACCAGAGACUAAACAUAUCUUGACCAUGAAUUAGCCAAAACACUUAGGAAGACAUCAUUUCAGUAUCUCUGAACUUAGAAGUUUUUUCAUGCACACUAUCAGGAGGUAUGCUAGUGGAUUUGGGAA